UCAAACUGCAUAAACACACAGCUGAAAACUUGCACGGCUUGAGGAGUGGAUACAAAAGAAACGGGAGCUUGCAUGAAGGAUCACAUUGUUUCUCUGCACCGACUGACGCCUAACGGAAUUCUUAUCGAUCUGAGACGUUUGCGGGCUGUGAUUUACCUCUGAUUCGGCUUCAGGAUGAUGAAGUUUAGGUUCAGACGGCAGGGAAAUGACCCUCAUCGUGAAAAAAUCAAGCAGGAUCUGUUUGCAUUCAAUAAGACAGUUGAACAUGGAUUUCCAAACCAGCCAAGUGCUUUGGCCUAUGAUCCCAAACUGCAGCUUAUGGCUAUUGGAACUAAAUCAGGGGCCAUCAAAAUAUAUGGUGCUCCAGGGGUAGAGAUGACGGGACUUCAUAAAGACACUGCUGCUGUUACGCAGAUACACUUCCUCUGUGGACAGGGAAGAAUACUUUCUCUUUUGGAUGAUAACACGAUUCACCUUUGGGAGAUCGUGCAGAGAGAAAACCGAUCACAUUUGCUAGAAGUUCACAGCUUCAACCUGCCUGGCAGGCCGGGCAUCGAGAGCACAAGUGCAACUCGUGUGACGGUCAUGCUGCUGAAUCUGAGCUGUAAUCUUCUCGCUCUGGGGACUGAAGGUGGUGGGGUUCACUUUCUGGAGUUGCCUACCCUCACACUGCUCAACAAGUCUCUGUUUCAGGACGAGAUCAUGCAGAGCGUUCCAGAGGAGUACAAGUGUGGAAAAUCAUUGGGGCCUGUGGAGUCCCUGCAGGAACAUCCGAAAGACUCAGAUAAAAUCCUCAUUGGCUACAGCAGAGGUCUGGUGGUGCUCUGGGACCUCAGCAGUCGGCAUGUGGACAACCUCUUCCUGGGAAAGCAGCAGCUGGAGAGUUUGGUCUGGGAACGGUCCGGGAACAGCUUUGUUAGUUCUCAUAGUGAUGGCGGAUACAUGGUGUGGGCUGUCAGCAGCAGCAAUCCCUGCACCCAUGACCCCGUCUCAUCCACUAUACCAUAUGGCCCCUUUCCUUGCAAAGCCGUGAACAAGAUCCUGUGGAGGACGACAGAAUCAGGAGCUCCUCUAGUGUUAUUCAGUGGCGGGAUGCCCAGAGCCAGCUAUGGAGACAGACACUGCCUCACCAUCCUGCAGGACAGCAGCCACGUCACGCUGGACUUCACCUCGCGUGUCAUCGACUUCUUCACUAUUCACUGCACGGAUACAGAGAAGGACUUUGACGAGCCUUCAGCACUGGUGGUUCUUCUGGAGGAGGAGCUGGUGGUGAUUGAUCUUCAGAUGCCUGGAUGGCCCACAGUCCCUGCUCCAUAUCUGGCUCCUCUGCACUCUUCCGCCAUCACCUGCUCCUGCCACAUCUCCAAUGUGCCUCCCAAACUGUGGGAGCGAGUGAUCAGUGCUGGCCAACAGCAGUGUCCGCUGCAGAACUAUGAGAAUUGGCCAAUAUGUGGAGGGAAAAACUUAGCGCCUGAUCCAAAACAGAAGGAACUGCUGUUAACUGGUCAUGAGGACGGAACAGUGCGUUUCUGGGAUGCGUCAGGAGUGUCACUCAAACCUUUAUACAAACUGAGCACGGCCUCCAUCUUUCAGACAGACUGCGAGCACAACGACAGCCUGACACAAGCCGGAGAGGAGGAAUGGCCUCCAUUCAGAAAGGUGGGCUGCUUUGACCCAUACAGUGAUGACCCCAGACUUGGAAUCCAGAAAAUCAGCCUCUGUAAAUACAGUGGAAAACUGGUGGUGGCUGGAACUGCUGGACAAGUUAUAGUCAUGGUUCUUGGUGAUGAGAAGUCAGACCAUAUGAUUGAUGUGGCCACAGUGGACCUGCUCCAGGACAGAGAGGGCUUCACAUGGAAGGGUCACGACCGGCUGCCUCCUAAAUCGGGCUCAGUAGUGUUUGCUCCUGGAUUCCAGCCGGUGGUCCUAGUUCAAUGCCUGCCGCCCGCCGCCGUUACUGCAGUGACCCUGCAUGCGGAGUGGAAUCUCAUUGCCUUUGGCACUAGUCAUGGCUUUGGCCUUUUUGACUACCACCGGCGAAGUCCAGUUCUGGCGAGAUGCACGCUGCACCCCAAUGACUCUCUGGCCAUGGAGGGGCCACUGUCCCGAGUGAAGUCCUUGAAGAAGUCCCUGCGCCAGUCCUUCAGGAGGAUCCGCAAGAGCAGAGUCUCAGGAAAGAAGCGCGUCGUGGUCAACAGUCCCACCAGUAAAGUGCAAGAGGCGAACGCUCAUUUGGCAGAUCACGAUGCUGAAGUGACACCUGUGCAGAGGAGGAUUGAGCCCCGUUCAGCGGAUGACUCUCUGUCGGGAGUGGUGCGAUGCCUCUGUUUCGCUGACACCUUCCUUAGAGACGGAACACAUCAUGGUCCUACAAUGUGGGCCGGCACAAACUCUGGUUCAGUGUACGCUUACGCUCUGGACGUCCCGUCACAGGAGAAGUUCUCUGAGCAGAGUGUGGAGGCCCUGCUGGGGAAGGAGAUCCAGCUGAUGCACAGAGCUCCAGUGGUGUCCAUCGCUGUGCUGGACGGCCGAGGAAACCCGCUGCCAGAGCCUUAUGAAGUGUCCAGAGAUCUGGCCAAAGCCCCCGACAUGCAGGGAAGCCACUCGGUUCUUAUCGCUUCUGAGGAGCAGUUUAAGGUUUUCAUGCUGCCAAAAGUAAGUGCGAAGACCAAGUUCAAGCUGACAGCUCAUGAGGGCUGUCGGGUGCGUAAGGUGGCACUGGCGAACUUCACCAGCGUGAGCUCUGAAGAUUACUCUGAGAAUGCUCUGGUGUGCCUUACCAACAUGGGCGACAUCCACAUGUUCAGUGUGCCGGCUCUCAGACCGCAAGUGCGUUAUGACUGCGUCCGCAAGGAAGACAUCAGUGGCAUCGCUUCUUGUGUUUUCACCAAGACUGGACAAGGAUUCUACUUGAUUUCUCCAUCGGAGUAUGAGCGAUUCUCUCUGUCGGCUCGUGUGAUCACAGAGCCGCUGUGUGGAGUGGAUGUAGAGCGACCUCACGAUGUCUCUGCGCACAGCAGUUCCAGCACGACGCUUCCACCGCAGGCUAAUGGAACACACAAGUCACAAGCAGAGAGCAAGUCUGCUGAAACUGAAGAUUUGUUGGAGGAAAUGCGCAGUGUCUUGUCUUCUCCCAUCCUGGAUUCUCCAAACAGCAGUGCAGACAUCACUCUGGACACCACUGGAGAUCUGACUGUGGAGGACGUCAAAGACUUCUUAAUGACUGUGGAUGAAGCGGAGAAUAACUUCAGGAACAUAACUGAGGAGGACGGGAGAUCUGCUGGAAUCCUCAUCAACUGAGAGGAGCUCUCGCACAGCUGGAGGAGCCGUCUGAAUGCCUGAAGACUCACCAGAUGAACUCAUUACUUCAGAUCAGAUCUCUACAGAGCUCAAGAAGUCGCAUCAAACAAGUUUUUACAAUGGGAACGUUGCACUUUUUUUCUUCCUCCCCUGUGCCAAAAGACUGAACGAGUCAAUCUGUUAUCCUCUUCUCCUUCACCUUUCCUCCAGUUUUCCAUUUUUCCCCCUCCCCAACACCCACAAAGGGUUCCUCUGAGGUCCCAUGAAAUGGUACAUUUGAGAGGUGACUUUUAAAGGGAUCAGGCCAUAAAACAGCUGAGAUGUUGCACAAUGUCCAUAUGCAGGUAGGGGGGCUGCUUGAACUGAGCCCGUUUUUUAAUAUUCCUCUUUUCUCCAGUCACCUCUGCUCUCGUUAAUUAGUGCAAAAUCCAUAUCAAAAUUCUUCAAAGUCUGGUUUAUAGCUGCUACAGUAAAUUUCAUAGUAUUUGAGGGCGACUGCACCAAAUAGGUUCAUAUACAUGUAUGGCACAGCUAUUUAAGCUUUAAACUGUUAGUUCAAUCAAAAAUUUUUACUCUGUCAUUAGUCACUCACCCUAAUGUCGUUUCAACCCAGAAGAACUUCAUUGAUCUUUGAAACAUGAAUAAAAAUAUUUUAGGUGAAAUCUGAGAGCUCUCUCAUCGUCCAUAAUAGCAAAAAUGUCCAUUGUUUUUUUCUGAAAAAUACCUUAAAAUCAUCUUCAAAAUAGACGAAAUGACUUCAGUGGUUAAACUGUACUAUUAGCAAGCUUUAAGAAUACCUUUGUGUAAAUAAAAUAAAAAUAACCUCUUUAUUUAGCACUUUUUUUUCUCCUAGGUGUCAGUAUAUUGCGCAUGUGUCAUGCAGUCUUUCUCAACCACGUUCUUGUUGGACCACCAGCUCAGCACAUUUUUCAUGUCUCCUUAACCAAACACACCUGAUUCAGAUCAUCAGCUCAUUAGCAGAGAUUGAAAGACCUGUAAUGGGUGUGACAGACAAAGGAGACAAAACAUGCAGUGUUGAUGGUCCUCCAGGAACGGGGUUGAGAAACACUAGUAUUUGUGGAUGUGCGCCCUAUACUGACACUGAAGAGAAGAAACUAUUGAAUAAAGUCAUCAUUUUGGAUUUAUGUGAACUCAGUUAUUCUAAUAGGUUGAUAAUGGUCCGAUUGAACUACUGGCGGAUCUGUUUUGAAGAUAUUUUGGGUAUUUUUUGACCAAGUUAAGAAUCUUGCUGUCUAUGGAUGAUUAGAGAGAUCUUGGAUUUCACCUAAAUAUCUUGAUUUGCGUUCUGAAGAUGAACAUAAGUCUCUGGUUUGGAACGGCACAAGGGUGAGUAAUUAAUAACAAAAUGUUCCAAUUUUUGAGUGAACUAACCCUUUAAGGCAAAACUCAUUUAGCUCAUUACCAUGGGAGAAAAGUAUAUAGUCUUUCUGAAGUGUUUACUUUUUUCCUUAUUUUUCAAUAAUUACUAUGAUACUGUGAUGGUUUCUGAACACAAAUCAGGAGUCUAUUGAAAAGUUAUGGACCCUGUGGGUUUGACAAGAGAUGUUUUCCUUUCAGUCAUUCGUCUUAUAUUAUAAUUAUUAUUAUUAUUUUAAAAUAAUGUCCCUUAACCACUUGCCAUUGUAAGUAAUUCUGGCAUUUAACUGUGAAGUGUGUAACUUGAAGGAACACGAGAGUAAUUCUAACUCGUUUUGCUUUUUGCCACAGUAUUAACACAUUAUGAAGGAGCUAAUGACUUUUUGUAUUUACACAGUAUUCCUUAGAAUAAUUUUUUAUAUGGCUUAUAAGGGUUGGUAUUUUGUAUUUUAGAUAUCUCACUGGUAUUUAGGCAUUUCUAACACUGCAUUUUGUGGGGCAAUUACAGACAGUUGUGUAGUAUUAUAUGAAGUCGUUACUAUAGGCAUUAGUGUAGCUAAUAGAGAACAAAUCAAUAUUGAAGGAAUUGGACUAGUGUUGCACAGACACUAUGAAAGACACAAUUGGCUGCUGGAAUGCAGAUGUUAGUCAGCGUGCUUUUAGAAGACUUUUAACAUGAAAGGAUCUAUUUAAAUUGUAAUUACAAAUUAAACUGCACAUAAAUGCUUGGUGUCCAUUCAUGGUCACAUUUCUCCCUGGUUUUUGUUUUGUUUGUUACAUGUCAAAGGGACCUCACUAAUUGUAGUUGUUUUAUUAUUUGUAUAUUUUUGCCUUGCAUAACCUUGUUACUUUCCAUCCAGCACCUAUCCUGUGAACAUGUAUUUAAUUUUAUUUUUUUCUUGUGUAGAAUUUUAAUUUUGAGAUAUAGCAAUGCUAAUGAAAUCUUGAAUGUUAAUAAAGUAUUUACUCCACAUUUCA